AAGCGACUUGGUAAACGAAGGUCGACGAAGGACUAGUUCUCUGUUCUUUACUUCCCAGAACUUUCUUCAAGUUCUGUUGCUUCCCGGGCUUGUUCAUAAUCUGACUGUGUCUUAUAUGGGUUUGCAUAGUUGAUAUCGAUGUAGGACUAUUAUCUAUAAAUAUAAUUUGAUCAUCUCUAAGGUUUCUUCACUUCGUACUGUGAUUUUUGUUGUGAGGAAAGGUUAUGAGAUGAUAGAGUUUGGCUGAAACUCUAUAUUUUGAGCGUGUGUUUGUAUUUAUUGGAGACUUGGGUAUUGUUCAGAGGGUCUUUCAGUUUCUGGGUUUUAGUUUUCUGUCAAAUUCUGUUGGGUUUUCUGGGUUAAUUUUGUUGUUGUAUUUUUGCGCCGAUUUCAAGACUGUUUCUCUACCUUGGUAUUCCAAUUUUCUGUUUUAUGGUGAGAAUUGGGUGGAGACUCUAGACAGAAAGAUUGUGAAAUGGUGUGAAAUCUUCUGUCUGGUACUUAAGAUACUGGUUUUGGCAUCAAUUAUGGUUUGUUUGAUUGAUAAGUUUGGUUUUGAAAUUUGUACUCUGAGAGCAUCAAACAUAUUCAGAGUAAUUGGGUUUGACGUAGUGAAAUCAUCUCUUUCUGGUUGUGUUAAAGUAGAGGAAGGGUGCAGUAGGAAUUGAGAGUUUUUUGAGAUGGGAAACGCUUGUGUAGGACCCAGUAUUUCUAAGAAUGGAUUCUUUCAAGUAGUUUCAUCUGCAAUGUGGAGGUCGUCAUUGCCUGAUGCUAAUGGAGAUGCAGCCAGUGAAGCACCAUCUGUGAAGGAAACCCCUGAAGUUUCUCCGCCUGUCCAAAGCAAACCUCCUGAACAGGUGAAAAUUCCCAAAGAGGAAACUAAACAAAUGCCACCUGCAAAGCCGAAGAAGCCCCAUCAUAGAAGAGCUCCAAGUGCUGGGCUCCAGGCAGAGUCUGUGUUAACCAAGAAAACUGGCAAUCUGAAGGAGUUCUACAAUUUGGGGCGUAAGCUUGGACAAGGGCAGUUUGGGACUACCUUCCUGUGUGUGGAAAAAGCAACUGGGAAAGAGUAUGCUUGCAAAUCAAUUGCAAAGAGGAAACUGGUUACAGAAGAGGAUGUUGAGGAUGUGAGGAGGGAAAUUCAGAUAAUGCACCACCUGGCUGGCCACCCAAAUGUCAUCUCAAUCAAAGGGGCUUAUGAGGAUGCUGUUGGAGUUCAUGUCAUUAUGGAACUGUGUGCAGGAGGUGAGCUCUUUGAUCGGAUUACUCAGAGGGGCCAUUACACAGAAAGAAAGGCAGCUGAGCUUGCUAGGAUUAUAGUUGGUGUUGUGGAAGCCUGUCAUUCCUUAGGGGUUAUGCAUCGAGACCUUAAACCUGAGAAUUUUCUCUUUGUCAAUCAGAAGGAGGACUCACCUCUUAAAACAAUCGACUUUGGGUUGUCUACAUUCUUCAAGCCAGGUGAAACUUUCACUGAUGUGGUGGGAAGCCCUUACUAUGUUGCACCAGAGGUUCUGAAAAAGCGUUAUGGUCCAGAAGCAGAUGUCUGGAGUGCUGGAGUGAUCAUCUAUAUUUUGUUAAGUGGGGUCCCUCCAUUUUGGGCUGAAACGGAACAAGGGAUAUUUGAAGAGGUCCUUCGUGGUCAACUUGACUUUUCAUCAGACCCAUGGCCCAGCAUCUCAGAAAGUGCAAAAGAUUUAGUGAGGAGAAUGCUUGUUAGAGACCCCAAAAGGCGACUAACAGCCCAUGAAGUUCUGUGCCACCCUUGGGUUCAGGUUGAUGGUGUGGCUCCUGAUAAGCCUCUUGAUUCUGCAGUUCUAAGUCGCUUGAAGCAAUUUUCUGCCAUGAACAAGCUUAAGAAAAUGGCCCUUAGAGUCAUUGCAGAAAGCCUCUCUGAGGAUGAAAUUGCUGGCCUUAGGGAAAUGUUCAAGAUGAUAGACACAGAUAAUAGUGGCCAUAUCACAUUUGAAGAACUCAAGGCUGGAUUGAAAAGAGUUGGUGCAAAUCUUAAGGAAUCAGAAAUUUAUGAUUUAAUGCAGGCAGCGGAUGUUGACAAUAGUGGCACCAUUGACUAUGGAGAGUUUAUUGCUGCAACGUUGAAUCUGAACAAGAUUGAGAAGGAAGAUAAUCUAUGUGUGGCUUUCUCCUACUUUGACAAAGAUGGCAGUGGCUAUAUCACCCAAGAUGAGCUUCAACAAGCCUGUCAGGAUUUUGGCAUAGAGGAUGUUUGCCUUGAAGAAAUGAUCCAAGAAGUGGAUCAGGACAGUGAUGGGCGCAUUGAUUACAAUGAAUUUGUGGCGAUGAUGCAAAAGGGAAAUACAGCCUUAGGGAAGAAAGGAUUGCAAAAUAAUUUCAGCAUUGGACUUCGGGAGGCACUAAAGCUUGGUUGACAUAGAUGAUGCUGAGGAGUUUACAAGUUGGUUGACACACAUAAAGGGAACAGCUUGGAGAAACUAAUUUUCAUGGCUGAGAAGAUGGCAGAGGAAGAGAACAAAGAACCCAAAAUCUGAGAAAAUCUAAGAUGAAACGGAUGCAACAUUUUAUCCUUCAGAAAAACUGUCAGCAACUCGCUGCAGGAUCUGCAAUUGAUCAGACGAGUGAAAGCAGAGUCUCUUAUCAUGAUGACAUGAUGCCACUGCCAUUUCAUCAUUAGCCAUUGUACCAUUAUCAUUAGUAAAUAAGUUGCAUGAAUAAGCUUGGAACCUCCUCUGGGUCAAUGAGAAAUGCUUAUAUCCCUGGAGGAAGUUUAUAUUAGACAUGUAAAUUUAUUGGCUUCUAGCCUUGAAGCCGCUUGCUAAUUGACUUGUGCAUUAGCAGACAAACUGAUGAUACUACCUUUUUUUAA